UGGGGCAACUAAAAGUUGAUCUUUGUCACUGCUUUUUGUAUAGUUUAUUUACCAUUAUUUACGUCUGUGUUGGCGUGGAUGUAAAUUAAUAAUGUACUAUGUACGCAUAUACACGGUCAGCUGAGAUCAUUCGAAAUCUCGCGAUUGAGAAUUACGCAUUCGAAAAUGUCUUAUUGCUAAAGUUAAAGGCGUGCAAUUAAUAACAAUUUUUUUUUUAAUAAUAGUAAUAUCUGUCAAAAUGGUGGAACCAAUCUUUGAUUAUCAAUUUCGUUUGAUUUUAAUUGGCGACAGUACAGUUGGUAAAAGCUCUCUACUUAAAUAUUUCACCGAUGGCAAAUUCGCUGAGCUGUCGGAUCCAACUGUUGGUGUCGAUUUUUUUGCACGAUUAAUUGAAGUGAAAGAUGGAACAAGAAUUAAAUUACAAUUAUGGGAUACUGCUGGACAGGAAAGAUUUAGAUCAAUUACAAAAUCAUAUUAUAGAAAUUCAGUGGGAGCUUUGCUUGUUUACGAUGUUUGUAAUCGGGCGAGUUUUGAACAUAUACCCCAAUGGAUGAUGGAAGCACGUCGACAUAUUGAACCAAAUCGUCCAGUUUUUGCUCUCGUUGGUUGUAAACUUGAUUUAGUAACAAAUGGUGCACAACGCGAAGUAUCAAAAGAGGAAGCAAGAGCUUUUGCUGAUCAACAUGGAAUUCAUCACAUCGAAACAAGUGCAAAAAGUGGAGUUAAUGUUGAAGAUGCUUUUCGUUCUGUCACUCAAGAAGUCUUUAAUAGAAUACAAACUGGUGAAUAUAAAAUUGAAGAUGGUUGGGACGGUAUUAAAACUGGAUAUGCAAGACCAAGUGGUUUAGAUUUUAAUCUAGUCGAAGCUGAACCUGCAAAAAGUUCUUGUUGCUAAGUCAAUUUCUAUCAUAACGAAAAAGAAAGAAAACGAAUCAAGUAAAAAAAAAAGAAGAAAAUUUUGACUUAUCGCAAAUUAUUUCUAUUUUGCGAUUAAACACAAUGACUGAUCACAAGCCAUACAAAUUUUUUUUUUGUAGACCUUAAUUUGAAAUUCUUUUUCCUCAGUUUUAUGAAGAAACACUAAAAUUUCUUUCUCUAUAAAUUUUAUAUUCAGUUUUAUUGAACAACAUUUUUUUUGUGUCCCGAUUCUAUUUCUUCUUUUUGAGAAAAAUUGGAUAAAACAAAAAUCACACACACAUAUUAAAAUGUCGAUCAUUGUGUAUAAAAAUAGAUAUUGAUUUUUGUAUAUAGUUUGUACAAAUAAUCUAAGAUAGUUACAUGAUUUCUAAGAAUAAUUGGAUAUUCUUUUACAAAAACAAAAAAAAAAAAACAAGUUCCGUUAUUUUGAUUAAUCUAUAAAUCAAUUUUGAAAGACUAUUUUCAUUAAUCGUAGAGAAAAUAAUUUAAGUCUACAAUAUUAUAUAUUUAAAAAGAAAAUGCAAAUGGUCAUUUCUAAUUUUUUAUCAUAAUUCUAAACACUUUUGAAAAACUUGAUUGAAUUCAAUAAAUCAAGGCAUGUAUGACAUUAUUUGUAACAAAUAUUUUAUACUUGGAAAAUCUUUGUAAUAUUUAACAAUUUUUAGAAUAGGAAGAAUAUGCGCUUCACAAAUAUAUAUUGUUACCAGGACUUGACAUUGAAAAUUGGAAAAGUUUACUGAGAGAAAUAAAAAGAACAUUUAAUGAAAAAUAUAAAUGAAAUAUUGAAGAAAAAAAAUGACAAAAAAAUUAGAAAAAUCGACAGAAAGUUUAUUGUGAUAAAUAACGGAAAGUUAAAAAAAAACAUUUAUAAAAGACUCUUCUCUCAGAAUAUUUUUCUCUUAACAAAAAAAUUGAUCUACAUAAAAAUGAUAUAAUACAAAUUGAUGUAGAAUUAAAUGUAGCACUCUGUAAUAUUUAAUCGAUCAUUGUCGAAUGUUCAAAAAGGAAGGAUUGUUCAUAUUAUGUCAGACUGAGAAGAAGAUAUAAUCUUCUUGUAAAAAAACAAAGUAACAAAAAAGUUGAAGACUUGAAAAUUUCUAUAGUUGAAACUGAAACUCCUAAUUAUUUCUGUAUGAAGACAAUCUGCUUCGUGAAAAAUGCCAAAAAAAAGAAAUAUACAUAAUAAUAAUUUUAAGUGAAAAUGUUAAAAAAAACCUAGAUUUUAUUUUUUCGACAAAAAAUAAAUAUUUAAUAAAACUAAAAGAAAUUUUCAGUUCAAAAAUAAGAAAUCGCGCAGCUUUUAAAUUAAAAUAAUUAAAUUAUAAAAAAGAAAGUUGAAGUAUUAUUUAUUUUAAAAAAACUAACAAAUUUAAGUUAUUCAUCUGCGAUAGUCUCUAACAAAAAUUAAGAAAGAUUUUAUAAUUUUAAUUUACAUUUUUUUGCAAAAAAAAAAAAUUAUAUUUCUCUUUUUAAUUGGUUUUUUUUAUUAUUAUUUUUACGACUAUCGUGCAUAAAUGAGCUUAAUUAGAAUUAAAAAAUAAUUUUGAGUUCCUUAAUUAAGGAAAAGUGUUAAAAUAAUGAAACUAGUGUCAUGAUCAAGGUCUUAAUUUAAUCGUCCAAGCAUUGAUACAUUACACACCUUAUCUAGAUUACAUUACAAAUUAUUAUCGUCGUAAGAUAUACGAUUGAAAUACUUGCAUGACAUUAUAAAUUUCCUAAGGAGCUCUCACUCUAGAAUUACCAAACGAACAUUAAUUAGCUCGCAGCUUGGCGGGAUCUUCGAUGAUCACAUUGUACAGUAACAUUUAUUGAUGAUUUUUGUAAAAUUAAAAAGUAGAGAUUCACAAUUUCUACAACUACCUAAUAAUAAUAUAUUAUUACAAAUAGCUAAUUGAACGAAUAAAUUAUCUUGGAAGUAA